GGACUUUUCAUGAUGCUGUGCAGCAUGUUAACAACGGCGGAAUUUAUACAGGUCGUAUUUUUUUUUCUUUUAUGAGAUAUGAAUUGGUUUUGAUAUUUGAGAAAGAUUUGCCAUCUGCCAUGUUGGUUAUUAGAAGCUAGAUAAAUAAUUACAAAUAGCCAGCUCAAACCACCAGUAAAUGAGCUAGGUUUACUAACCCUAUAGGGAAGAAACGUGCAUUGUUCGCUUACAAGGUUAAAUCACUAUUACAAUAACUUAUAUCAGAUCGUGCUAAUAAUAAAAUGCAGUUUAUUCAAUUGUGGUGAUGGAGAGCUGAAAGAGAAAAGUUGAGAUUUCUCUCAUUAAACGGAAUUUAACGGAAGGAGUAGUAUUUUUCUUACAGUAUUACAGCACAGACAUGCAGCUAGAGGUCGAAAAAAAGAAUUUGCCCGUGUAUUUGGUCUAUUGAUCAUCUCGAUUGUGCUGGAUCUGAUGGAGGUGGUGGAGAAGAAGAAGCAGUGGGAGUCGGAUCAGGCGCUCAGCAGCUCCCUCGCUCUGAGAGGUUACAAAAUAAUCAAGAAGAUCGGAGAAGGGACGUUUUCUGAAGUGGUAAAAGUACAAAACCUCAAAAAUGGGAAGCACUAUGCCUGUAAAACAAUGAAGCAGAGCAUUAACAGCCUGGAACAGGCACACAACCUCCGUGAAGUUCAGGCAAUGAAGAGACUGAGCCCACACCCUAAUAUACUGCAGCUGCACGAACUAAUAUUUGACCCGGACACAAGGACCUUGUCUUUAAUAUGUGAACUAAUGGAGAUGAACAUCUAUGAGUUGAUUAGAGGUAGGCAAUAUCCAUUAACGGAAAACAAAGUCAAACACUACAUGUAUCAGCUUUGUAAAGCUCUGGAUCACAUGCACAGCAACGGAAUUUUCCACAGAGAUGUGAAACCAGAAAAUAUCUUAAUCAAACAUGAUGUGUUGAAGCUGGCAGACUUUGGCUCCUGCAGGAGUGUGUAUUCCAAACCACCUCAUACAGAAUACAUCUCUACACGGUGGUACAGAGCUCCAGAAUGUCUACUCACAGAUGGCUACUACUCUUUAAAAAUGGACAUAUGGAGUGCAGGCUGUGUUUUCUUUGAAAUCAUGAGUUUAAACCCCUUGUUUCCAGGAAGCAAUGAAGUGGAUCAAGUGUCCAAGAUUCAUGAUGUUUUGGGAACACCAGAGAGCAUGGUCCUUCAAAAGUUCAAGCAGUCCCGUUCAAUGCACUUUGACUUUCUGCCUCGGAAAGGCUGUGGGCUCUCUCAGCUGGUCCCUCGGUGCUCGGCGCCUAGUCUGUCUCUGCUCUACCAAAUGUUGGCUUACGAUCCAGACGAACGCAUAAGCGCUCGAGUAGCAUUGCAGCACACCUGCUUCAGAGAACUGCGGUUGGGGGAAAGGAGAGCAGUGGGUCUUCAAAGGAAUAUUGGGACUGUGGAUGCAGACACCAGUUCUACUCCCAGCUCUGUGGAGCACUUGUGGCGUAUCGCACGCCAGGGUAGACGACAGCAACUCAAGCAUAUCACUGACCCCCUCAGCAGGCGUAUGCUCCAUUAUCCAAUGGAGCUGCCCAAACUGAACGUGGUACUGCCUGCCCCGAAAAUCCCCUAUCCGGUGCCCAGCCUACCAGCUCUUACCAUACCACAUCGAGGGUCUCUGCCAGCCAUCAAUUCCAAAAAGUGCCAUUCUCACUCAACCAAGCCCAGGGAAGAUGCACACCGAUCAUCUUUGAAGAGCUACUACAUGCCCCCUCUGGAAAGGAAAAGAGGACACUACUGAAGUUCAGCUUCUGAGUGCAUGACAGACUAUUCUCACAUGCAGCUAGGGGUAGGAAACAGCAAGGGUGAAGUUGAAUGCUGAAGUGCAUCCACACUGUGGAAACUUAAGUUCGCUGCUUAUAAACAACUAAACGAACUGAAAUAAAUGACUUGUUUUACACUUCUUUAUAAACCACAGUUAAAAUAUUUGAAGUAUUUGUAAUUUGGAAACAAUGUUAAAGGAGACAGUGGCUUGGUUUUCAUAUGUAAUUCAACUACUGUCUACUUAAUAGAGAAAAAUGUCUUUAAGAGCGUUUAUUGGUUACUGUACUGGUUGGAGUUACACUUUAAAAGUGAGAUGUAAAGCAAUGACAA